AUGGGUCGUCGACCUUCCGAUCUUGCCGAAAAAAAACUUCAAAAAAACGAACUGCUUUGGCACACCACGGUACAGCUGUGCCUCUCGGUGAUGAACAAGGCCUUGGCGUUCAAGGCGAACGGCCAGCCGUUCGGGGUUACCUCCGCCGUCGUGCCCGCGGGAACCAAGGGUUUCCUGUACCUGGAGGCGCAGAACGAGCCGGCCGUUAAGGCGGCCAUCAACGGAUUGAGGGGGGUCCGAGGUGUUUGCCUGAUUUACCACAGCAAGCUCCGGAAAGUGCCCAUCCCGGACAUGACGGCCGUGCUCAGCGUGCGCAGCGCCACUCGCGCCAAGCCCGUGCGGCAGAACCAGUUUAUCCGCCUGAAGCGCAAGCCCUACACGGACGACCUGGCCAAGGUGGUGGAGGUCUUGGCCGGGGGCGAGAGAGCCGUGGUGCAGUUCAUCCCUCGCAUCGACCUCGUCUCCCUGUCGGCGGACGCCGAGACCCGCAACGCAAGGAAGUCUAUCCGCCCUCCCCAGCGAUUCUUCAAUCCGGAAGAGUCUACGACGCUCCUGCCGCUCAAGAUGUCGCUAUUGUUUGAAUGCGAUGACACCAAACCAAACCAAAAUGACAUCCGAAACGAAUUUCGAACCGACGCCCUGCGUGAUGAUCAGAUCAAGCAAGCGAGCGACGAGGCCAUGGUGGAACGCAGGCGUUUCCAGGGGCACGGGGACCACAUGGACUACUUCCAGAACAAUUUCUUCCUCAACGGCUUCGUCGUCAAAGAGGUGAACGUGAGCACGUGGCUGCGCGCGGACAGGGUGAAUCCCACCCUCGAGGAGAUCCAGCGGUUCAAGAGCAGGAGGGAGAAGAGGGACCCGGGCGAUGGCGACGACAGCGACGACGAGCGCAACCGCGACGCUGAGGACAAGGAGACCGAGAUCAUGGAGGAUCUCGCGAUGGCGCAGGCCAUGGAGCCCACGAGCGACGCUCCACUGUUCUCCAAGGGGGACACUGUGGUGGUGGCGAAAGGCGACCUCACAGACCUCAUGGGGAGGGUGCUGAGGGUCCGACAGACGGGGCAGUCUCAAGCCGACGCCGUGGUGCACAUCCAGCCUCUAGUGGAGGAGCUCGCCGACGAGGUGGUGGAGCUGAAGCCGGACCAGCUGGAGAAGUACAUCAAGGUCGGGGGUCACGUCCGCAUCAUCGACGGCAGGUUCACGGGAGAGACCGGCACCAUCCUCAAGAUUGUCAAGAACCCGGACGGUGCCAGCAGGGCCAUGGUGCUCACGGACAUGAGCUCCAAGGAGCUCGAGGUGUACGUCUCCCAGCUGCAGGAAACGCCCGAGGUUAGCACGGGCCUUGACUCCCUGCAAGGGUACGAGCUGUACGACCUGGUCAUGCUCGGCCCGAACGAGGUCGGCGUUGUGACCAGGGUCAACCGGGAGGACCUGGAAGUGGUGAACAACUCCGGGAACGUGAAGCGAGUGCGUCCUCAGGAGAUCCGUGGCAAGAGAAACUCGCAGAGCCGCAGGGCGUUCGUCGUGGACACUCAGCAGAACCAGCUAGAGGUGGACAACGUGGUGGAGGUGGUAGAAGGCCAGCACGCCGGGUCCAAGGGCACCAUCAAGCACAUCGACCGCACCACCCUCUUCCUCCACUCCAGGACGCACACGCAGAACGCCGGCAUCUUCCCGGUCCGGGCUAGGAGCGCGCUACUCGCGGGGAGGAUGAACAGGGGGCAGGCGGCGGUGGGAUACAUGGGCGAGAUCAACGCGUCAGCGAAGAACGACAUCGUGAAGGACUUCAGGAACCGGAACGAUGAGAUGCUCGCCAAGACUGUCAAGGUGAUCAGAGGGCAGCACAAGGGUCUGAUGGGUCAGGUCGUGGAAGCUACCGACACACACGUGAAGGUGGAGCUGCACUCCAAGCUCAAGAAGGUCACCAUCUCCAGGAACCAGGUGGAGGUUAAAAUUGUGGGCGACCAGACGGGCGCGUACGCGGGGAACCAGUUCCAGAAGCCUGUCAUCGGAGAGGUACCCGGGACGCCCUACACCAUGCAGACUCCCAUGCACGGGUCCCAGACCCCAAUGCACGGGUCCCAAACCCCAAUGCACGGGUCCCAGACCCCAAUGCACGGCUCUCAGACCCCAAUGCACGGCUCGCAGACCCCAAUGCACGGCUCUCAGACCCCAGUCCACGGUUCCCAGACCCCCAUCCACGGGUCCCAGACCCCGAUUCACGGGUCCCAGACUCCCAUGGGCGGCAGCGGCGGCGGGGUGGGGAACCAGACCCCGCUGGGGGCGGGAGGGCAGACGCCUCUCCACGGGUCGCAGACCCCCAUGCACGGGGCGCAGACGCCCAUCCACGGGGCCGCCGGGGGGGAAACCCCUCGAGGAGGCGGGAGGUGA